CUGCGUCAAGACUCGAUCUAAGCAGCUUCAUCCCUGAGCUUCACAUGACCAGUAAGUCAAAUACCAUCCGGCACUGGCGAUGUGUCUAGCCCUGUGGUACUUGCAUGUAUCUCCCAACCGGUCCUGCAGGAUGCCCGACGGAAUACCGUCUCGCAGGAUGCAUGACAGUACGGUGACGUAGAGACGCGCCUCAAUACUGUUUAGGAUACCGUGCUCUGCUGCAGAUGGAUUACGCGUCUGGCCCGAUUGUCUAACCGGGCAGGGUAUUAAGCCCAGUCUCGCCCUGUUCUUCGUUGCUUCGUCCGCACUCGUCUUUCGUACUUCAAAACGAGCGUAAACUGCUAGCCAACCCACAAGCGUCUUUGCCCCCAGCCCGAUUAGCGUCGACCUGCCUAUGAACUCGGGUUACAAAGCCAGCGACACGUAUUGUAAUGAUCGCACUGAAACGAGACGACUUCUCGACCAACAUCACGCCCAACAUCACCAUCCGAUGUCUCGUCCUGUCCUACACGCACGCCGACUCAGACUGGCGGCCGGACCUGUCCUCCAUCCCAGUCGACAUGGCAAUCCACUGCGGCGAUCUAGUCGAGGAGUCCAAAUUUUCGGAGUUCCUGGUCAUCGCCGGCAACCACGACUUCACCCUCGAUGAGCCGCUCUUUAGGCGCAAGAUCGCUGUAGCCGCGGCCCCGGUAGUGGAGCCAGACCUGGUCAAAAAGGCAUUUGGCGACUGUGGCGAAGCCCAGCGUCUGUUUACCGACCCAGACACCAGGGAGGGGGCUUGCCAACGGCGCCGUAUUGACCGUUACGCGAGUCUGUACACGCCAUCUCCGCAUGCCGAGACGGGAUUCCAGUACAAGCGCGACCAAGUCCACAACUUCUGGAUUGGCGGAGUGUCGACAUCGUCAUGA